AUGUCGGGACGGCAUCAGUUCGCCUCCUUGCUUUGCAUCUGCAUCGCCGCCUAUUUCUUGUUUACGGACUCACCAACAAUAAGACAUGUUGAUCAAAAGUUGUCGUUGAGCGAGAAAGAGGUUUUGGCCUCCCAGCAGCUCACCAACGGCGCAACAGUGGCCCAGCCAAAAUCAAACGUCUCCAUGGAUCUAAAUGUUGAUUAUGGCAACCAAUCCCCUGAGGAGGAGGAGUAUCUGAAAGAUAAAGUGAAGUUUUCGGAGGAGCAUCCUGAUGAGGCUGUGCGGAUUCACUUGAAGAGGAAGGCGAUGAGACAAGCAGCUUUAAGAAAAGAGUACGAAGAGAAAAAAGCUGAAUUGCUUGCAAGAUUGUCUGAGACGAAUCGAGCAAGAAACGUUGUGAUUGCUAUUCUGACCAUCAUUGUCUUGGUCACUGUCCUCAUCGACUUUACGGCACACAAAAUUCAUGCAAUGAGCUCGCAUUUUUCGAAGCCAGUGAUCGAAACUCUGUUCAAAGAGCUGACGGUGUUGGGCUGUAUAGCCUUGCUCGUCUUCAUGUCUGUCAAGACGGGGUUACCCCAGCAGAUAUCCACAGCGGCAAGUUUGAUUUUUGGCACUCCCUCGGAACUCGUUGAGAUGUUUGACAUGGCCCAUAUCCUCUUGUUUCUCAUAGUGGUGCUGUUUGUCACGUUGUUCGAAUUGUUUGCCAUUCAAAAUGCAAAGACAGAGAAGAGCAUCUCAGAAUUGUUCACUUCACCAGAGUUCGAAGGGGUUUCGAGAGAAGUGAAGUGCUACUGUGUGAUGAGGCACAGCUUCUUGAAUCCCCCCCUCAAAAUUUCCCACAAGGCUCUCGACUCUUCUUUCCGUUUCUCCCAAUACCUCAAAGAAUGCACGACAGAAACCUUCAAUGAGAUGGUGCAAGUGGAGCCGGAGACCUGGGGCAUCAUCUUGCUCCUCAUCGUGUUAGCUCGCUUCUUCAUGAUGAUCCCCCACGAAGACGUAAAGAUCGCAGUUUUCUUGCUUCUCGGCAUCCUUUUGCUCGCAAUCAUGAUCAUCAUGAGGAACAAGCUCUUGGACAUCUAUAUGAUGUUAGUCCGAUAUGACGGUCAUAUUGCAGAAGGAACAAUGGUUCCCUUUUACAUCUCUCGAGCGCGCGAAGACGACAGGCAGAGCUUGACCACGGCAGAGGAGAAGGGCUGGUUCUACAAGCUAUGCAAUGGAACAAGAAACCCGAAUCCUCAAGAGCGGCUGUUUUGGUUUGGCAUCUCAGGGCCUCAUGUGAUGAUGCACAUCAUCCGUACCUGCUCCUUUCUUGGUUCUGUCUACUUCUCUCUCUUCGUCUUUCGGUUCGGCGAGGACCUGGUGACCCGAGCAGCUCAUACUGUCACUCUGCUCAUCAUGGCCAUCUUGUGUCCGUCGAUCAUGAUGUACUACUACCUCCCGCAGGUCAUGAAGCUCUACGUGCUUGUCACUAGCAUCGAGAUGAUGAGAAGGAGAAAGACCGUUCACACAGUCGAGAUGGAGAUCAAGGCGAGGAGAAAAUUCUUCGUUACUCGCCUGCUCCAUACCCUUCGAGGAUAUGCUCGUCGCAUUCUAAAGCUCGAGAAGCUCUCGAGGGACGCGGAGACGUCUCACCUCUCGGAGAUCAAGGACGUGUUUGAGAUGUUCGAGCGUGAGUGUCGAGAACGGAGCGGGACAAGAUACAUCCCGAGGAGCGACGUGCAGGCGUUCUUCCAUCAGAUCGGGAUGGUGAUCGAAGAUCACGAGGUCGAAGACUUGGUCUUGGAGCUCGGAGACGGACUCAACGGCAUCCUCUUCGAGCAGACAGUGGACUAUCUUGGGGGGUUCAGCUCAGAAUACCUCACAGACCAGAUGAUAGAUGCCAUCUUUGUUGACAUCGACAGAGAGAACAAGAAUCCGCACAAGAAGUUUGACAACGAGAUCACUGAAGAUGAAUUCUGCACCAAGCUCAGUCAGCUUAAUCCAUUCUUCGACGUCAACUCCCCUGCGAAUGGAGCUGAGGAGCUUCUCGACUGGCUUGACUGGGCCAUCAUCAACCACAAGAUCAACGUCAUCACCAAGCAGGAAGUGUAUGAGACCGAGCAAGGAGGACAAGAGACGCACACGACGCGGGUCUUGACGCCCCUGACGUUUCGCUCGCUCAUUAAGUUAGGAAGUCAAGCCUGA